UUUCACGAGAUAGGUACAUCCGCCGCAUACGGUAGUGCGAUAAAAAUAAUCGUGAUAUCUAAAAUUUCGUGUGCGAAUAUAAACUGUUUGUGAACUUUUUUAAAGUGUGUGUGAUAAAUUAGUAACAAAGUGCAGUUUGGAAUUUAUUAUCAUCACUUUUCUCAAGUUUCUACAAGACGCAAGCAGCGGUGGUAAUAGCGGCAUAAUGUAUCAAGGCGGGUGAGGCGCUGUCGCGUCGGCUCACGACGCGUACGCAGUCAUGUCGUUCUUUAAUAAUCUUAAGAAGGUGCUACACCUGGGCGGUGGAAAUGACGCGAAAAAGAAAAAAGUUUUCAGUAAUAUUAGGGAUAAUAGUGAUCCUAAUGAAAACUGGGACAUGAUUGGGGAGCUGGGCGAUGGCGCCUUUGGAAAGGUGUACAAAGCCCAGCACAAAACAACAGCCCAAUUAGCAGCCGCAAAAAUGUGUGUCUUGGACAAUGAGGACGAUUUAGCAGACUUCACAGUGGAGAUUGACAUUUUAACCGAAUGCAGACACCCGAAUGUGGUGGAACUGCAUGAGGCUUACUUCAUUGACAAUAAGCUAUGGAUGCUCCUCGAAUACUGUGAUGGUGGUGCCCUCGACUCGGUGAUGGCGGAACUGGAGAAGGGCCUCAACGAAUCGCAGAUUGCCUACGUUUGUCGCGAAAUGUGUAAAGGACUGGAGUUCCUGCACUCCAUGAAGGUCAUUCACCGGGAUUUGAAGGCUGGAAAUGUACUGGCCACUAUGACUGGUGGUGUUAAAUUGGCGGACUUCGGUGUGUCAGCGAAGAAUAAAUCCACACUGCAGAAGCACGAUACGUUCAUCGGAACACCUUAUUGGAUGGCGCCAGAGGUGGUUCUCUGCGAGACGUUUCGGGACCAUCCCUAUGAUUUUAAGGUGGACAUCUGGUCGCUCGGUAUAACAUUGAUCGAGUUCGCUCAAAUUGAGCCUCCGAAUCACGAAAUGACUCCCAUGCGAGUGCUGCUGAAGAUACAGAAGAGCGAUCCACCGACGCUUGAGCAGCCCUCGAGAUGGACCAAGCAUUUUAAUGAUUUUAUAUCCAAAGCGCUUGUUAAGGACCCAGAAAAGCGUCCAACAUCAACGGACCUUCUCAAGCACGAGUUCGUCAGCGGAAAUCUCGACUCCAAAUCUCUGAGGGAUCUCUUACUGGAGUACAGAGCCGAGGUGGUCGAAGAAGAGCUGUUGGAUGAUGACUCCGAGGAACAUCGCAGCUCUCAAAUGCAGAUGGAGAUCGAAGAUGACUCAACAUCUGUGCGGUCGGGCGAGACGCCGGACAUCAAGAUGUCGGAACAAGAGGCGUCCGCCCCCCGCGCAACCGCCGCAGCCCCGCCCCGAUCGCCGCGCGCUGCUUCGCCGGCGCCCCUGCAGCCCUCGCAGCCCUCGCAGCCCUCACAGCCAACGCAGCCAGCGAAGCGGCCGCACGACGACGUGGACAACGAUCACCGGCACGCUGACAGGAAGCCGCCCGCCCCAAAGAAAGAAAAAGGCCCUGCGCCCCCUCCCCCCGCGGUAUCAGCGACCCCGCCAACCCCCACAACACCCGUUACCCCAAUACAGUCACCGGCGACCCCCAUACCUCCAGCCCCCACACAUCCGCCCGUACAGUCAACGACACCCGUCACACAAUCCGCUACACAGAGUACCCCAACGCAAUCACCUACCCCCAUACAGACUCCAACGACCCCCACUCAAAGCCCUAUAGAAACAGCGCCUCUGACACCCUCACAGGCCGCUUCGCGUGGUGGCCGCAAACAGCCCGCGCCGCCACCUCCAGCCCCCACUCCCGCCAGUCCCACCACCGCUGGCAAGUUUAUUGUGGACCAGGUGUGUCGAGAAGCCGAACAGGCGGUACAAAAACAAUCAAUAAAUCCAGAGGUACAGUUAGCAGAUACAAAACCAAAGCCAGAUAGACCCGAGGUGACAGACAACGAAGGUGUCAGUGUCACUGUCAAACAUGACGUUAACAGAAACAGCACGGAAAUUGACAGGAAUAAUAUCAAAAUUGACGCUAAGACAGACGAUGAGACAAACGACAAAAAUGCAGAUGUUAAAAAUGUAAUUAAAAGUACAGACGAUUCUAGGAAACAAAAAGAAGUGAAGAGAAGAAGUAUGGAGAUCGAGAGCAAACUCGAAAAGUCCAAAGGUCUAGCCACGCAAAGGCAAAGUCUCACCGACGUCAGAGAAACUUUCGAAAAGAGAGCUUUGGAAGAGAGGAAGAGCUUCGAUUCAGAGGUGAGAGAGGUUAAAAGAGAGGGAGAGAAGGAGAAGGCUAGAUCGACGGAUGAGAUUGGUGCGAGCGAGACGAAGAGAGUCAGUGCUGAGAUAAGUAGAAUCGAGUCGAGAUCGCGGAGUAUGGACGAUAAAGAUCGAUUGGAUCGAGUGAUUCGGGAUUAUUCGAGGUCCAGUUCGAUAGAUAAGAGUUCCAUCGAGAUCAAGCCAGUCGUGACACCAAUCCGUCAGCCAUCACCAUCCCAAGCGGUGACGGUCGUGUCUGUGAGCGCUGAACCGAACUCCUUGGACGCGGUGCCUUGCGGUCUCGUCACAGUAACCACGACGCAUCCACCCGUGCUUAGCACGGGCGCCAGACUGCCUCCAAACGCAGUGACGAUAUCCAGCACUCCGCCCAUCAACGACGAGGUGGUGGUGGUGGGGGGUUCGGCCAGCGUCGUCACCACCGCCACGGGAUCCUCCUCCGACGACGACUGUUUCGCGCCUUCGUCUCUUGACUCAUUGGAUUGCACCACUUGUUAUACAGAGAAGAGUAGAGGCCGUCGCCUGGACAGCAGUGAAGUGCUGAUCCUUAGCCCUGGAGCUGGUGAUUCGGGUCUCGGGUUCGACGAUUCUCAUAAUCUCAAUUUGGACACUUCCCAUGUCUCAGUGGUGACGGUCGGGGCGGAAGAAGUGCGGGUUCGGGACUCGGCGGCGACGCACAUAGCGUUGCCGCACAACGACCACGCCAGACUUAGCCCUGAUAGCUUUGAAAGCCGCCGCUCUGACAGUGGCUCCGGAAGGUCGGAGAGAUCGCGCCGUGGUGAUGCCGACUCUUUGGCGACAACGGCCUCGCAUGACUCGCCACACCUCAAUGGCGGUGGACGGGUAAAUAAAGACAGCCAGAGCAUAGAAGAGAACGGAGAAGCGGAAGUAGUAUUGAGAAGGAAACCGCAAGAAAACGUCAAUAGGAUACAGAGGUCAAAAGAAGACAUUCAUAUGGCGAACCUGAAGAAGAAGACUCGGAAACGCACGAGGAAGUUUGAAAUUGACGGCGUUAUCGUUACUACUACAACUCAUAAGGUGAUAUGGGGCGACGAAGAAAGCGGUCGCACGUGGGACGACCACGCCCUGCGCAAACAGGAGUUGCGCGAGAUCAAGAUGCUGCAAAAGCAGGAGCAGAAGCAGUUCCAGGACCUCAGCGCUAAGGAGGCGCAGCUCAGGGAGCAGCAGGACAAGAGGUUCGAAGCCGAGUUGGCGUCCCUAUGUCGAGCCCACGAAGCAGACUUGGACACUUUGGCUCGUGCCCAGAGAGCGGCGGCCGAGCGAGCCGAACAGCAACUGGAGGCAGAGUUGCGGGCCCAAGCGAAGCGCCUUCGAGCAGACCACGAGCGGGAUUUGCGCCACUUCAGGGAUACGCUCAAGCAGGAGUUGCGGCUGCUUAAACAGGAAGUAGAACUAGUCGCAAAGGACCGUCGCAAAGAGGCGUACAGGCAGCGACGGACGCGGCUGGACGCCGAGCACGCGGCUCGCGAGCGCGCGUUCGUCGCCUCGUUGGCCGAGAGCGGGGACGCGGUGCUCAGGCGCGUGCACGCCACGCACCGCGAGAGGCAGGCCUUGGCCGACAGGCAGCACUUGCAGCAGAGGCAGCAGAUAAUGCGUACCAGAGAAGCAGCUCUCUGGGAAUUGGAAGAGAAGCAAAUCCACGAGAGACACCAGCUCGCGAAACGACAACUCAAAGACGAGUUCCUGCUCAGACGGCAUCAGAUGCUGGUCAGGCACGACAAGGAGUUGGAGCAGAUUAAGAGAAAAAAUCAACGCAAAGAAGAGGAGCUGGCGAAGUGCCAGGCGUUAGAGAAGAGAUCUCUUCCCAAACGUAUACGCGCGGAGCAGAAGGCGCGCGAGAUGAUGUUCAGGGAGUCUUUGAGAAUAGGAGCCGCGACUCACAGUCAUGAUGAUGAGAGGGAGAGGCUUAAAAAGUUCCAAGAGAACGAGAAACGUCGCUACCGAGCCGAACAACAAAGGCUGGCGACGAAGCACGCGAAAGCCAGGGAGGAGCUGAAGGCUGCGGGAGAGGCGUUGCUCCGCGAACUGGAGCAAUACCAGAACGAAAAGCGCAAAGCGCUGAUGAACCACGAGAGCAAUAAGAUGAAGGCGAUCGAGGAGCGAUAUGGGCAGGAGUUGAAGGAGUGGCGCGCCACUUUGGGAGACAGGAAGCAGAAUCUUGUCGAAGCCUUCAAAAAGCAACUCGACGAUCACGAGAACAAAUUCGGCAUUGCCAUACCAGACCGGGAGGGUUACCUAAACGUACCCUGGCCGAAGAACGUCUUGCAACACGUCCUAUCCACGUACCACCAACGGAACUCGUUCAUUGGCUCCCUCUCGCGGUCCAGGACCAGCCUGAACUUGGUCAUCUCCACCGCGAACACGCCGAACAUGGAACGCAGGAGCUCGUCGCCGAAUCGUCUCACGAAAUCCGCGGCAUCCAGCGCCACGAACACCGCCAAGCGCGGCAGACUCACCAAGGCCCAGAAGUUUGGAUCCACGUCCAAUCUGAAGCUUGUCUCCGAGAAGAUAUCCGGAUUCUCCGUGUUUAACAAUGACGAGAUGAAGCGAUAUCCGAUAAUGGCCUACGAUGUUAUUCCUCGGGAGAUCGAGGAGGAGCCGAGGAGGCUGGAGCGUUCGAAGCCAGUCCAGAAGAAGUUGAACAGGCAGAGUCUGAGCGAGCAGCUGUUUAAGGAAGUGAACGAAACGACGAUGAAGCGGAGUAUGUCCCAGCAGAGUUUGAAAGAUGUCAGCAUGGAGGCGGUGAUGAUAGAUAUGCCGUCACUGGAGGGGAGGUACGAUAGCAGUGAUGAAGAAAGGCAUUUCAGUAGGUGGGGCGCAGUUAGGGGGUCGAAUAGCUACGCGAACGCUCCGAGCGUGCCAGUCACUCAAUUGUCGACGCUUAAUUUGAAUAAGGCUAAAAGUCCGGAUUCCGUUGCGUAGUAUUUGAAAGGACUUUUGAUAAAAUCGCUCAGUAUAGGAAUCCCAUUUGAGACAAAAAUAGUUUGAUCUCAUUCGGUCACAGCGUCAAGGUCGUUUGCUAAAAUGUGAUUUUAAAUAGAGGGUAGUUUCAAUUUAACCAAAAUGCUUCAUACAUUGCGGCUUUCAUAAGGAAUAAAGAAGGAUUUUUAAUUUUUUAAACAAACUCAAAAAUAUUCAUUAAUAACGAUUUCGUGUUUCGAGUAAAGUAUGAUAAGUAUUUAAAGACAAAGCCGGGGCGUGGUUAACAUGGCUAUUUUUGAUGUUUAUAAUUAGAUUUGUCGGUGUGGUCGUGUGUGUGUUCGUGUCACACACAAAAGGGACAUUAUACCUUUAUGGCGAAAUCAAUGUCCCAUUAAAAAAUUCGUGUAUACGAUAUUAAAAUAAAGAUGUUGCCAUGUACGAUGCCAAUAAUUUAGUAUAAGAUUCGGUGUUGCCUUGUAAAUUUUAAUGCUUCCGAGUUUGUGCCUAAAUAGUGUAAUGCAUUUAUAAUCGCGGCAGACGAGAAGCGUUCAGGGAAACUGUCAGUUACAGUAAAAUGUCUACGAAUGUCAAAAUAUACUAAUACGUUUUUGGCUCACUCAAAUUCGAUGACAGGACAGUUAUAUAGGCAGGGGGAUUAUAUAGAUUUAGUUUCCAGAAAGUGUGAACGCUAUCAUGUCCCUAACCCCCAUAUGACUUGCAAUAAAAAAGAAACACAAAUAAUUCAUAAAAAAAUGCAAAUCAUGCAACUGGCGGCCUUAUCGCUAACGAGCGCUGUCUUCCAGACGACCCUAGUAAGAGAAAAACUUUAAAAAACUUCCUUUAACACUUAAUAUGAAUUUAAAACAUACAGAUUGUACCUCUAUCACCGCCCGUUGUUCUAACUGAUCGUUUCUUAACGCAGUUUUUGCCACUGAAGUACUUACCAAUUAUGGUCCUUCCGUACGAGUGUACCAAUUCUUCUAGUCUUUAUUGCAUUUGCGAGCGCUCUGGCUUUUAGAGUGUCCAUGGACGGUAUCACUUAACAUCAGGUGAACCUCUUGUAUCUUUGCCCCUUUGUAAUAACCUGAAAAGUGGAGAUGAAUUGGAUUUUCUUUCUAUUUUGCGCAUUUAACAUUCGCUCGAACGGUGAAGGAAAACAUCGUGAGGAAACCGACUUGCCUUAGACCCAAAAAGUCGACGGCGUGUGUCAGGCACAGAAGGCUGAUCAACUACUUGCCUAUUAGAUUAACAAAUGAAUCAUGAAACAGAUACAGGAAUCUGAGGCACAGACCUAAACAGGUUGUAGCGCCAUUGAUUAAUAACCUGAAAAAAUAUGUCUUGAAAAUCUAUUGUUUAGGAGAUAGACCGCUUUUUUAAAUCCGAGGUCGUAUCGUGUUACGUACACGCACGUGUGAUCCCACUGCCAAUCCGAUCGCGCAUUUAAUGUAUCAGAAUUUCUAAAUGAGUAUUUGUACUAUCACAAAAGCAAAUUUUGAUAAGAAAAAAAUAUGGUUUUGUUUUAAAAAUUGUCAAAUAACUUUGGGACAAUUUUUUUUUUUGUAGAGUUGGCUUCAGUGACACGUAACAGUCCUAUUAUAAUUAAUCUCUAAAAGACAUUGCCCACAAAGUGGAUGGGUAAAAAAUCUGCAAAUAAAUGUCGCCCUGCCUAUAUACACUCUAAUCGAUUGAGUCGCUUAGCGCCGUGCUUGACUCAGAAGACUUUCUGUCUUUAAUUCCAUUUUAUUUAAUUCUUUUAGAAUAUUUUACAUUAUAAUUAGUCUUAAUAUAUAAUGUGUAUGCAUAAAAUAAUCACUAUAACACACAAUUUGAUUUAAAUGUGUUAGAUCGGGGCCAUUCUGUAAUCACUGAAAAUGUCUUCAAUUUGGAAUUUGGGAACGAAAAUUGCAGGAAAUCAAAUUAUUUUUCAAAUGAAUAUACAGAUUUCAGAGUCUUGAAUGGUUCGAAUUGUCACAAUUUUUGAGUGCUUGGGUUCAGCCAGCAAGAUCAUACCGUCUUAACUAUGAAGGCCUCUGAAAUUUGCUGAUCAAGCAGGAUCAGUGUUCGGACGGAUUUUAUCGAAAUCCAAAAUUUUUAUAGCCUUUUUGUAUUUGUUAAAUCAGACGGUUUAAUGGAUAUAGAUUUAUUAGAUUGCGUUAAGGCCAUUCAUAUAGAUGUUCAGUUGAGUUGGUUUUGACACAAUGUCAGUUUUCGACAACCGUGACCCACUAACGACGGAAAUAGUCGCGAAUUCGGAAAAGCGAUUUUGACACGAAAUCGCGUUUUGGCGGGUGCUCUCCACUAAUGACAAACUAAUCAGUACAUAAACGUUCACGUGGCAGUGUCACCGCUGUCGAAUAGUGAUUUUGUCUCAAGUCCCUAUAAAUAAAUUUAGUUUUAUAUACACCAUUCUUGGGACAUCUUGCCAAAAUUAUAUUAAACAAAUGUUAAGCUAAAGAAGAAUUGUUUUUAUAUAUGUUAUUAAAGAUAUAGUAUUUAAAAUCUAACUCACUUUAAUAUAUUUCUCAUAUAAUUUAUAUUGGUUUGUUUGCUCCAUAUGCGGAAUAUACGGAAGGACCUUUUUUCGUGACUUUGAUACAAUUUAAUCUUAUGUACUGUUUAAUCACAUGCCACGUCCAGUCCAGGCUAUGGAUUGGAUUUAUGGAUAAAUACAGACAUUAUAAAGA